AUGUCUGAGAUUCAGAGGUGGACGGUCACUGAGCCGUACCUUGACAUCCCAGGAACAUUACUCGAAGGCCCUUUUUACGACGUGGCUCAGAAUGAAUUCCGUUUCGUGGAUAUCUGGGACCAGAAACUCUAUCGACUCGAUCUGGCAAAGGGACCUGACUCAUUGACGGUCAUUGAUACCGAUGCCUCUGUUGGCGUGACCGCUAAUAUAGCUCAUCCAAGGUCCAAUCAGCUAAUUGUUGGGGCCAAAUAUGGAUUUGCUCGGUUGGACCAAACUACUGGGAAGCUCUCCUAUGUCCAUGAUACCCAUGCACUUUGGGGAGAUGAGGAGAAGGCUGAGAGGAUGCGUUUCAAUGAUGGCGCAAUCGACAGCCAUGGUCGGUUUUGGGCCGGAGCUAUGAAUGACCCCAAGGUCAAGAAGCCUGAAGCAGAAGGAGUUCUGUUCAGACUAGACCCAGAUCAGACAGUGCACCACAUGUUGGCACCGGUGACGAUCCCUAACGGGAUCGGGUGGAACCUAACCAACGACGUGAUGUACCUGACUGAUUCGCCAACAGGCAAGAUUUUUGCCUUUGACUUUGAUGCGUCCACUGGUGCAAUUAGCAACCGUCGUGUUCACUUCGAUAUCGGUAACGCACUAGAGCCUGAUGGCUUCGCUAUUGAUGUCGAAGGCUGCAUCUGGACCGCUGUCUACGGCGGCGGAAAGGUCUUGCGCAUUUCCCCGGCCGGAAAGAUUAUCGGUCAGAUCGAUCUCCCGACCCGCAACGUGACCUGUCCAGCCUUUAUCGGUACUGAGUUGUUCAUUACGACCGCCAAGGAUGAUCGUGAUGACGACCGGCUGCCACAGUCGGUUAGAUAUGGGGGUCGGGUUUUCCGGGUUGAUGUUGGGGUUCGCGGUGUGCCUAAGAAUGAGUUUCGGUUUCAGUAG